AUGGCGCCCUCAAAGAAGAAUCUCAAGGCGACCAGGAAAUUCGAAAAGAAGCAUCUGAAGGGCGUCCUGGAAAAGCGCAAGACCGAUGCCAAGAUCAAGCAGCGGGCGCAAGUCAAGGCGAAGAAGCAGGCUAAAAAGUCGGCCGAUGCCUCCUUCUACAAGUCUAGCGACAAUGCCGACGGCGGCGCCUCCAAGCCCGCCGCCAAGAGGCGGCCGGGCGCUACUGUUGGCGAGAUGAGCGUCGACGACUUCUUCAAGGGAGGCUUCGAGAUCCUCGAUGGCAAGGAUGCGGGCGCGGGUGUAGGGAAGAAGGCCAAGGCCAACGGGAAGCUGGGCAAGAGGAAACGAGACGAGUCGGAUGCUAAGCGCCAGCCUAGCGCUGGCAGCGGCGACGAAGACGAGACGAGCGACUCAGGUUCCUCGGUCCAGGACGGUUUCGUCGAAAGCGACAGUGACGACGGCUCCGCCAUCGACGACGAGGAUGUGGGCAUGACCAAGGAGGCCAUGGAUGCGCUGGCCGAGAAGGACCCCGAGUUCUACAAGUUCCUGAAGGAGAACGAUCCCGAGACCCUCGACUUCGACGAGAACGUCGACAUGGCCGAGGUGGAUGCGCUGAGCAGCGGGGGCGAGGAGGAGCCGGACCAGGAGGAGCAACCCAAAAAGAAGCGCAAGAAGGACAAGAAGAAGAAGAAGAAUGCGGAUAGCGACGAAUCUGAGGAGGAGGACGAGUUUGUCAGGAAGAACGAGCUCACGCGCGAGAUGGUGGCCAAGUGGAAGAAGUCGCUCGACGAGACAAAGUCUCUGCGGGCGGCGAGGCAGGUGGUGCUGGCAUUCCGGAGCGCUGCGCACUUGAACGAGGACCAGGUCGAGGGCGAGAGGGCACAAAAGUACAGCAUCUCGAGCCCGCAGGUGUUCCACGACAUCCUGGUGGUGGCGCUUAAGCAGAUCCCCGAGGUUCUGCAGCACCAUGUCCCCGUCAAGGAGUCGGCGUCGCACAAGACGUAUGUGCAGACCGAGGGCAAGAAGUUCAAGACGCUGUCGAUCCUCAUCAAGAGCUACACGGCGUCGGUGCUGCACCUGCUGCGCACGCUCUCGGACGACGGCACUCUCAAACUGACGCUGUCGGCACUGACGCCGCUGCUGCCGUAUCUGCUCUCCUUCCGCAAGCUGCUCAAGAACCUGAUCAAGACCGUUGUCGGCUUCUGGGCCCAGGCUAGCAGCAGCGAGUCGACGCGCAUCACGGCCUUCCUGGUGCUGCGUCGCCUAGUCGUCAUUGGCGACAAGGGCGUGCGCGAGGCCGCGCUCAAGGCCGUCUACCACGGCCUGGUCCAGGGAAGCCGGGCCACCAACGCCAUCACCAUCCAGGGAAUCAACCUGAUGAAGAACUCGGCCGCGGGUCUCUGGGGCAUCGAUCAGGCUAUCGGCUACACCACCGCCUUCAGCUUCAUCCGCCAGCUUGCCAUCCACCUGCGCAACAGCAUCGUGCACAACCAAAACGACGCCUACCGCGCCGUCUACAACUGGCAGUAUGUCCAUUCGCUCGACUUUUGGUCCUGCGUCCUGUCGGAGCAUUGCAGUUCCCUCGCCGAGGCUGAGGCAGGGCGCGAGAGCCAGCUCCGCCUCUUGGUCUACCCCCUGGUCCAAGUCACUCUGGGUGCCAUGCGCCUGAUCCCUACCGCCAUCUACUUCCCCUUGCGCUUCCACCUGAUCCGAUCGCUGCUGCGCCUGAGCCGCGCCACGGGCAUUUACAUCCCGCUCGCUUCGGCCCUUCUCGAGGUCCUCUCGUCGGCAGAGAUGCGCAAGGCUCCGCGCCCCGCCACGCUGAGGCAGCUCGACUUUGCAGUUGCUUACAAGGCGCCGAAGUCGUAUCUGCGCACGCGCGUCUACCAGGACGGCGUAGGCGAGCAGACGGCCGAGCUGCUGGCCGAGUACUUUGCGCUGUGGUCCACUAACAUCGCCUUCCCCGAACUGGCCCUGCCCGUCGUCGUCGGCCUGAAGCGCUGGCUGAAAGACGCGCGCAAAAGGUCAGGCAACAAGAAUAACAAGCUUCAAGCGUCCAUUGUGCUAUUGGUACAGAAGAUUGAAGCCAACUCCAAGUUUAUCGAGGAGAAGAGGUCAAAGGUGGACUUUGCGCCUAAGAACAGAACCCAGGUUGAUGCCUUCCUCAAGGACUUUGAGUGGGAGAAGACACCGAUCGGCGCCUUUGUCAUCACACAGCGGAGAGUCAAGGCAGAGAAGGAGAAGCAGCUGGCGGAGGCAAGGAAAGAGGAAGACCAAAAACGGAGGGAAGAUGAGGGUGAGGCCAAGGUGGCCGAUGCUGAGGAUGACGGGGAGGAGGAGGAGGACAACGAUGAAGACGAUGAAGAUGACGACGAGGUUGAUGAGGACGGCGAGGCAGAAAGCCAAGAGGACGACGAGCACAGCGACUAG